AUAUCGAAACUUUUUUCUUGGCUUCAAAUUCGCUUUUUCUCUGCGUUUCGUGGGGAAGGAUUUUGCUGCUCUUUAUUUGAAGAUAAAUUUAAUGCAAAUUAUAAUUUAUUUUUAAAUAAAAAUCAGUGCAAAUCACUACGCAUAGGCAUUUCAAAUAUAAAAAACUUAAAGCAAAAGGGCAGUAUAAAUAAAAGAAAAAGCGUUGUAAAAUGGAAAAUAUCCAAGGGCAUGAGCAUCAACCGCAGCAGCAGGCCGGGUUUGCACCUCGACGUCAGUAUGAUGGUCUCGGACCAGCGGUGCUAACUACUUUAGACAACAUAACCAAUGGCCACAUGCAGCAGGUACCGCAAGUAGAGAUGCCGCCGCGUCCCAUUAAAUCAAAGAAAGAUAAGAUUACUGACUUAACUGAUGCGACAAGCAAGUUAGCAAUUGAGGAAUCUAUAAAAUUGACCGAUAGUAAUGGGCUAGCUAUGAAGACCCCGGUUUCUAUUCUACAAGAACUCUUAAGCCGUCGUGGAAUAACACCCAAUUAUGAAUUGGUGCAAAUCGAGGGCGCCAUACAUGAGCCAACAUUUCGUUAUCGCGUGGCGUUCAAUGAUAAGGAUAUACCCUUCACAGCCAUGGGCGCUGGACGCUCCAAAAAAGAGGCUAAACAUUCAGCUGCACGUGCACUAAUUGAUAAACUGACCGGUGUACAAUUGCCUGAUACAGCACAGGUUGGCGGCAGUGCCGGCGUUAGCACAUCCUCAAGCGGCAUUACAGCUACAAAUGUUGGAGGCGAUGGAAACGCAAAUGCAGUUGGAAGUGGCGAUGGCGCCGAUAAAAUUGUUGGAAAUCCGAUUGGCUGGUUGCAGGAGAUGUGCAUGUCCCGUCGUUGGCCACCACCAACUUACGAGACCGAAACAGAGGUUGGUUUGCCGCAUGAACGGCUAUUUACCAUCGCUUGUUCAAUCCUUAAUUAUCGUGAAGUAGGAAAAGGUAAAAGUAAGAAGAUCGCUAAACGUCUGGCUGCACACAAAAUGUGGACUCGUUUGCAAGAAAAUCCAUUGGACAACAAUCAAAUUUCUGAAGCUAUGCGCUCUGAUAUAGAUGGUGAACACCGUAACUGUGCAAAUUAUUAUGGUGAUUUGAAAGAUAUCACUGUACCCACUAUAACCAGCCAGCAUAGUAAUAAGGUCUCACAGUUCCACAAGACACUUAAAAAUGCUACCGGAAAGAAAUUGCUCAAGUUGCAG